AACCUGUAUUUAGAAACCGGUCGCGUCUUGCACUUACGAGUUGUUGAGGGAAGAAGUAAAGCUACUAAAGAAACCAUAGUAUUUAACAGUUAGCGAUGGGAGUACCAGCCUUCUUCCGAUGGCUCUCAAGAAAAUAUCCAUCGGUGAUCAUAGAAUGCGUAGAAGAAAGGCAAUUCAACACAGACGAUGGACAAACAGUUCCACAGGACACAUCAAAACCAAAUCCCAAUGGCAUCGAAUUUGACAACCUGUACUUGGACAUGAAUGGUAUUAUUCAUCCAUGUACACAUCCUGAAGAUAAACCAGCACCUAAAAAUGAGGAUGAAAUGAUGGUUGCCAUUUUUGAGGUGAGUUUUUGGGGCAAAUUUCCAGUUUUAACCAGCCUCCGAUUUUUUAAACCAUUUUUUCAAGGAAAUAUUCCUAGUAGAGGUUGAAGAGACCGACGUGCG